CAGUAUCAUUAAUCAAAGAGGAACAACAGUUAGGCCAACUACUGACACAAUAAAUGCUGCCCUCGAGUCAUCUCUUCAGACCAUAACACCAGAAUUUACCAUUAAUCUGAUUGACAAAACAGCCCAAUUUGCAUAUCCCAUAGUAGGAGUAACUUAUUUAAUCAUAUAUAAAUCUGGAAUGGAAAAUUGCAACACAGCUAUUGAACUACAGAGAUAUAUCAAAUGGAUACACACAGAGAAGAUUCCCGAACAAGAGGCUGAUAGAUUGGGUAUGGUGAUAAUGAAGCAAGAUUUUAUAAAAACCAGAGUUGAUAACAUUUUUAAAGAAAUGACAUGUAGUAAUGGCCAGAAUGUUUAUGAUCUAAAGCAGAAGCAAAUUAAGGAUGAAGAACGCUCACUGCAAACAUGGCGACUUCCCGUUUACAUCAUGAUACCCAUAUUGACUGCUAUCAUUCUUUUGUUUUGUCUUUAUGUAUCAUACACCCGCUAUAAGGUUAACAGGGCCAUUUGGUUAGAACAUUGGAAGAUCCUAAACACCGAUAUUCAUUUUUUAAACACAGGAGCAGUAUCUGUUACUAAAUCCAUUUCCUUAAAGACAGGAUCUUAUUCAACAAGUCAACUUGAGGGAUCGAAACCCAACAUAGCAAUUUGGAAUGGAAACACCAUAUGCCUCCGCAAAAGCAAGCUGAACAUACUGGAUUUGAAUAAAAAGACAAAAAGACAAAUUUUAACGUUUCAAAGUUUAAAACAUUCAAACAUUGUACAAUUAAUGGGAGUGACUGAAAUAGAUAAUACAAUGUUUAUAGUUAGUGAGAAUGUUUUCC